AUGGCCUCCUCUCUCCUCUCCCGCCUCCUCUUCUUCUGCUCCACGUCUCCUUCUCUCGCUUCUCUCCCCUACGCCUCCAAUCUCUUCCAUUCUAUCACCGACCCUACUCUCUCCGACUACAACGCCAUCAUUCGAACCCAAUCCUCAUCUUUCUCCGCCUCAAUGAGCCCUUUCUUUCUCUAUAUCCAAAUGCUAGCCCGUGAUAUACGUCCCGACCACCUCACAUUCCCUUUCCUUCUCAAGUUCUGUUCUUUCCGCCUCAGUGCCAAUGCUGGUCAAGCUUUGCAUGCACAUGUUGUGAAGCUUGGGUUCCAAGUUGAUAUUUUUAUUCAGAACAGUAUGAUAAUUAUGUAUUCGAGCUGUGGACUUCUUGUCCAUGCUCAGAAAGUGUUUGAGCAAAUGCCUCAAAGAGACGUGGUUUCCGAAAAUUCAAUUUUGUCGGGUUAUUUGAAGUGCGGGAAGUUCGAUGCUGCGUUAGAACUGUUUUCCCGAAUGGAGAAUAGGAAUGUAAGAACUUGGAAUUCGAUUAUUUCUGGGUUAGUUCAGGGUGGUCGGGCUAGAGAAGCUCUGGAUUUGUUCCAGGAGAUGCAGUUUUCAGGCGGGGAGUCUGUUAAACCUGAUAAAAUCACGAUUGCUAGUCUGAUAAAGGCUUGUGCUUCUAUCGGAGCUUUGGAUCAUGGGAAGUGGUUGCAUAGAUAUUUGAGAAGGAAAAGAUUGGAUUUUGAUGUUGUCAUUGGUACCGCUCUCAUAGAUAUGUAUGGGAAGUGCGGGAGUCUGGCAGAAGCAAGAGAAGUGUUUGGGGAGAUUUUGGAAAAGGAUGUUUUGGCUUGGAGUGCAAUGAUCUCGGCACUUGCGGUGCAUGGGUGCGGUGAGGAGGCUUUCAUUCUUUUUGAAAAGAUGGUGAGAGCGGGCUUGAAGCCUAAUUAUGUCACAUUUGGUUCGCUUUUAAGCGCAUGUGCUCAUUUAGGCUUGGUGGAGAAAGGCCGUUGGUGUUUUGAUUUGAUGAAAAGAGUUUACUUGAUAGAGCCACAAGUUCAGCAUUUUGCUUGCAUGGUUGAUUUACUUGGUAGAGCUGGGUUAUUUUCAGAGGCUGAAACACUCAUAAGAUCAAUGCCAAUGGAGCCUGAUUCUUUUGUUUGGGGAGCAUUGCUUGGUGCCUGCAGAAUGCAUGGAAAUGUGGAGCUUGGACAAAGAAUUGCUGGUUAUUUGAUGGAACGGGAUCCUCUCGACCAUGCCGUUUACAUUGUUUUAUCUGAUAUAUAUGCAAAAGUGAAGAGGUAUGAGGAUGUGAAGAGAAUUUGGAACUUCAUGAAAAAAAUGGGAAUCAAGAAAAAUUCACCUGGCUGCAGUAUGAUUGAUGUUGGUGGCCAGGUGCGUGAGUUUUCUCUUAAAGGAACUGAAGAGGAACUACUGAAGGAAAUAAAUUGGGUUUUGGAUGGAAUUAGUGCUGCACUGAAAUCAGGCAGACACGAGCACGUUGAAACUGAAUUUGUAUUUGAAUAA